AGGAGUCAGAUGAACUCAGACAGCAGCAGCAUCUGUCAGUGUCUGCUGAUGAAGGUACCACGUCUCUCUGACCUCAUCUGAACGGGACUUUAACAGCGGAGCAGCCUGACAGCAGGAAGCCUCGAUGACGGCAUUGGACCUUUUCAACACUUUAGAGGAUUUAAAAGAAGAGGAAUUUAAGAAAUUCAAAUGGUGUCUGCAGCAAGACAUCCUGGACGGCUACCAAAGCAUCAAAGUGUCCAAGUUGGAGAACGCAGAAAGGCAGGACACGGUGGAUGUGAUGGUGAAAACCUAUAAACAUCAAGGAGCUCUGAAGGUGAGCAAGAAGGUUUUAGAGGAGAUCAACAGGAAUGAUCUGGUGCAGAGACUGCCAGACACCAUCUCAGGACCACAAGUUAUGGCUGCUGCCAGCAAUGUGCCAUCUGAAGAAGUGUCCAAGCCAGGAGAAGUUCCCUCUGACGUCAGCACUGGAACCAAACUGAAAGCCCGGAAGUCCUUCCUGGUGAGUCUGGUCUCCUGCUUUGGAACUCAGCAGAUCAAUCCUGUGGAGACCCUGGAAGGCAGGAUGUCUGAGCUGAAGAGGGUCCAGCAGUAUGCAGUGGAUGUGACUCUUGAUCCUGAUACAGCACACCCUAAACUCAUCCUGUCUGAUGAUGGGAAAGAAGUGAAUGAGAGUGAUGUGAGGAAGAAUCUCCCAGACAACCCAAAGAGAUUUUCUCUUUACUGUAUUGUUUUAGGAAAACAGAGUUUUUCUUCAGGCAGAUUUUAUUUUGAGGUUAAAGUUAAAGGAAAGAGUAAUUGGGAUUUAGGAGUGGCCAGAGAGUCGAUCGACAGGAAGGGAAGAAUCACAACGAGCCCUCGGUAUGGUAACUGGACUCUAUUGUUGAGAAAUAGAAAUGAGUACAUAGCUGCUGCUGACCCUCAAGUCCGUCUCUCUCUGAAGUAUUCUCCUAAGAAGGUGGGGGUGUUUGUCGAUUAUGAGGAGGGUCUGGUCUCCUUUUAUGAUGUAGAUGCUGCAGCUCUUAUCUACUCUUUUACUGGCUGCUCCUUCACUGAGAACCUCUUCCCAUACUUCUGCCCCUGUAAUAAUGAUCGUGGUAAAAACUCUGCUCCUUUGAUCAUCUCUCCUGUCAGAGUAAACUAAUCACUGAUCUCAUUUCAGGUAUUCAUUUAUUUCCCAUCAAGGGAACAAAUGUACACUACUGGUCAAAGGUUUUAGAACACCCCAAUUUUUCCA